CCCUGGGGGAUAGGGGGACAUAUCCCCCUGCGCCCUUGUAAGUAGCGCCCUAAGACUGAGCAAAACAUUAAACAAUUUAUUACUAAUCGUGUGUUACUAAAUUAAACAAAAGUAAAUAAGAAUACAAAGAGCACUUCAUAAAAGUCUGCUUCGCUUCGGCAGAAAUCAUUAAGAGAUUACUAUUAGAUUACUCUUUUACAACGCUUGCAUUGUCUACCUACUUUUUGACACAAAGUAUGCAGUGUUUGUUUGUUUUACUACCCAUAAAAAUAAAAAAUACCACUUUCAAUUUGAAUUACACCGGAAAUUAUUUAACCUGUGAUAAGAUAAACCGUUUUGCUUUACAUCAUUUUGUAGUAGUGUACAUAAAUGAUUAUGACACCAGACAAGACAAAGUAAGAAUUGUUUUUUAUAGUACCUACUCGUAUUCGCACAUGAUUAGUAGUGAAAUAUAAUCUAAGGACUCCCUAUUCAUAUCCAUUUAUAAAAUCUGAUAUAAGAUCAUGCCAUUGCCUUGCCCCAUUUACUUCUGCAGUAGGAUUAUUUUAUAUUUAAUUCUUUCAGUUCAAGUUCAAGUUUAAAGUGCACGCGUGUAUGUUAGCUUUGUUUAGUUUGUUAUUGUUUUGCUAUUGCAACUGCAUGUGCGUCAAGGCCAAGAAAGAGGUGUCAUUCCUGGGAGCCUCCAAUAUGCGCAGGUUCCUAACACAUAUUGCUGGGGAACCUGCGUAUCUUUCCACAAGGCCUGGGCAACCCGGCCAGUUGUACUCUGGACUGGCUGUUGGGGGGCAGACCAUUGCCCAACUAAGGAAUCGAGUAAUGCGGUGCAGAGCGAUAGGCUUUGAUUAUCGAAUUGGUCGUGAGGUUUAUGUGAUGAUAGGGACCAACGACGUACGGAGAAAAACAUCUUUCCAUGUACUCAAGAAAGAGUUGCAACGGCUGUUGGAGGUGUUGAAGACGCAGGGGGUACGCCGCAUUAAUUUAUGCACCGUGCCCCGUCCACGGCAGCCCAGCUCCGUACGUUGGAGGUAUUCAAUGAAUGGAUCCGCGCGUACAGAGACCGUCGAGUCGUAAUAAUAGAUGUCCACGCCUUUAUGUACAACCGUCGGUAUUUUAAAAGGUAAUAAUAAAAUGUACUUUUACUAUAUCUAUUGCGCAAGAGUCUGUGAGGUAGCAUUCUGCAUGGGAUAUUUUGUUUUCCAAGGUCCGAUCCGCCACCAAAAGAAAUCAACGGUAUUAACACUAUAAAACUUUUAUUUGUUAACAUUUACUUGC